AUGCAGAAACUGAAGCAGCAAAGUGAGGAGCUCGAAGAAAACGUCCUUGAAAACCGACUAAAAGAUCUCAGGCCCAAGCAAAGGCUUGCUAUCAUGCAAUGUUUUCAGGGUGCACGACGUAAGUCGGCAAAGGGAAUGAAGUACAACCCAGAGUGGCUAUUGGAAUGCAUGAUAAUGCGAAUGAAGAGCCCUAGGCUGUAUGAACACGUGAGACGGGAGGGCAUACUGCUGCUGCCGAGUCGCUCGUGCCUGAAAGUAUACAUGCGCAAGUAUAAGAGCGGCUUUGGCUUUAAUUCCAUGGUGUUAGCAGGGAUUGCCGAGAAAACGAAAUCAAUGGAUGAAUUCAAAGGACACGGUGGCCUCAUAAUAGACGAAAUGAAGUUGUCAGAGUGCUUGAGUGUUGGUACCGCAGGAAAGGUAGAAGGAUUUGUAGAUUUGGGAGCGUUCACACCUGACAGCGAAAAGCACAUUCCAUGUGAUCAUGGCAUGGUCAUUUUGUUUCAACCGUUGACAGGCUCCUGGCAUCAAAUACUGGGAGUUUUUGCUUCCAGAGGAAAUGUAAAAGCUGCACUGCUUUCAAGGAUUGUUGUGGAAGCCGUGCUGCUUACAGAGAAAGCAGGCCUCAAAGUGGAUUUUAUAACGUCGGAUGGAGCAUCAUGGAAUCGGUCCAUGUGGCGUAGGUUUGGUAUAUCGGGGUCUUCAACAGCCAUAAAGUCUUCUGUGCCGCAUCCUGUCGAGGAAGGCCGGCGCCUUUUCUUUAUAUCAGACUUCCCACAUUUAAUGAAGUGUGUUAGGAAUGGCUUUAUAAAAGCCCCUUACAAAACCCCAGAUGGUGCUGUAUAA